AUGAUCGCACCUCAAGUUUUGGCGCCUCACAUCGCCCACCUCACGGCGGCCUCGCCCUUGCAGGCUGGCCCGCUGUCCACUGCUCUCUGCGACCUCUCUCUCGCCGUGCAAUGGUGUGAGCUCCAUCCGUUGCAGCUCCCCGGCACCCAGUGGGUUGCCGUUGUUGGACGCAAGAGGAAGGACGACCCCCUCCGCGCCGUGCUUCCGUUGCCUCUGCACACGACCGCCCUCACUCCCAAGGAGCUGCGGACCAUCUUCGCGUCUCUGCUUGAGAUCACUGUUGACUCGCUGCCUGAGGCUCUCCCUCCCCUCGCGCCCAGUAUGGCCGACCUCCGGAUCCAGUUGGCGGACAAGACUGGCGAGAAGCAGGAGGUCGACGAGGAGCCCGAGUCGUCCGAGGUGAACGACACCUUUGAUCCCGACACCCUUUACGUCGCGAUCAAUGACCCCGAUUCCACUGUCGUCUACUACAAGCUGUCGCGAGGUAUCCGCAAGCCUCAUGACAUUCCGGACGAGUGA